AUGAUGGACGACGAAGCUUCCGUCGGGAUUGGCUCCCCUCGAGCCGGUUCUCGAAGACACGGCGGUAAAGGGAAACGAAGCAUCGGACAUCAUGGCGACGCCAGUUGGGUCAGCUGUGUGAUCAACUUGGUCAACACAAUUAUCGGUGCCGGUGUUAUGGCCAUGCCGCUGGCCAUCUCUCAUAUGGGAAUCGUUCUUGGUGUCUUUGUGAUUCUGUGGUCGGGAAUAACCGCAGGUUUCGGUCUAUAUCUCCAGUCGCUAUGUGCUCGGUACCUCGAACGAGGCACUGCAUCUUUCUUUGCCCUAUCUCAGAUCACCUAUCCUAAUGUGGCCGUCGUCUUCGAUGCCGCCAUUGCGGUCAAAUGUUUCGGUGUCGGUAUCAGCUACCUCAUCAUCAUUGGCGAUCUGAUGCCGGGCGUGGUCCAGGGAUUUGUUGGAGGUGCUCCGGACUAUGACUUUUUGGUGGACCGGCAUUUCUGGGUAACAGCCUUCAUGCUGAUUGUUAUCCCUCUCUCAUACCUCCGCCGCUUGGAUUCGCUCAAGUAUACAAGUAUUGCAGCUCUGGUCUCCAUGGCCUAUUUGGUGGUUUUGGUCGUAUACCACUUCGUGAAAGGGGACACCAUGGAGGACCGUGGUCCGGUUCGAGUGAUUCACUGGGCAGGCCCUGUUCCUACCCUCAGCAGUCUGCCUGUGAUUGUGUUUGCGUUUACAUGCCAUCAGAACAUGUUCUCAAUUUUGAACGAGAUCGGCAACAACAGCCAUUUCCGAACCACCGGUGUUGUCCUGGCCAGUAUCGGCAGUUCGGCUGCCACUUACAUUCUUGUGGCUAUUACUGGGUACCUCUCCUUCGGAAACAGUGUCGGCGGAACUAUCGUGAGCAUGUACCCACCGGGUCUUUGGGCCACGAUUGGCCGCGCUGCUAUCGUUAUGCUUGUCAUGUUCUCGUAUCCUCUUCAGUGCCACCCAUGCCGGGCCUCCGUUGACGCAGUGCUGCGUUGGCGGCCCAAGUCCUCGUCCAAUAGCGACACCUCCCCUCAUCGGAACCCUCUCUUGGGGCAGAGGGGUGGUCGAACCGCGGAGCCGAUGAGUGACCUUCGAUUCUCAAUCAUUACAACCACCAUUCUUGUCCUGAGCUACAUUGUGGCCAUGACUGUAUCUUCCCUGGAAGCUGUUCUUGCCUACGUCGGCAGCACAGGAAGCACCAGCAUCAGUUUCAUCCUCCCCGGACUAUUCUACUACAAGAUCUCCUCCCCUGAUUCGCCCCAUCACCAGCGUUUAAUGAAAGAAGAUGACGAAGCAGCCGAGGGCAUGCUAUCCGACGAUAGCAACGAUGAAGACGGAGAAGAGAGCGUGCAGGCACGCCCCCUAACCGACAGCGGCAUCCUCCGCCGAGGAAAACGUCACUGGCGCCGUUCCCUACUACGAAAGUUGAGUUUGGCCCUCGUAGUAUACGGGGUGGUGGUUAUGGUCGUAUGCCUGAUCACAAACUCUGUUUUCAUUGCUUCUCACUAG